AUGGCGGGGGCCAGACGCAAGGGCGGUGGUGCUGUCGGCGGCGGCCGCGACGGCGGCGGCGGGGUGGGACCACCGAAACAAAGGAGGAGGAGGAGGACAAGUCCGGUGGUCUUAACGUCCGCGAGUGGGCGGGCGCUGAUGGCGGCUACGGUGGAGGCUCUCGGACGAACGGCAGGCGGCGGCGACGAUGAUGAUGGUUGCCGCAGCGGUGGAGGUGGCGGGAAGGGGCCCGCGGCACCGCUGUUGGACUGGAAGGGCCUGAUCUACGGCGACGGGGGUGAGGGUGACGAUGAUGUCGGAGGCCCUGAGAGUCCGGAAGGCCCCAACGACAGCCUUCACGCCGGGAUAGGCCUUGCCGACCUCGAGAAAAUCCACGUCGAGUUGACAGCUCUCCGGGAAAAGGCAGAACUCUCGAUCCCCCGCAGCACCAUCAGCCGAGGGAGGGUGGCCAAGGUCCGCAUCGACGCCAUCCUCCACGCGCUCGAAAGCGGGUGGUGGAGCGAGGAGGCGGGCCGAGGGAGUAUGAGGAUUUUUCGCGGAAGCUUUGGUGAUUGUGCGGGCGCCUCCUCGACGCUGUCGGCGUCGAUGACUCUAUCGUCGUCGUCGUCCUCGUUGUCAUCGCUCACCCUUGAGGAAGUGGAGGCGGUGAUCGUCUACGUCGACAAGGAUCAGUCCGGAGAGGUCGACGCCAGGGAUUUCCAGGCGGCGAUUAGCGCGGCCAAGCAGGGGAAGAUACCUGACCAAGGUCUGGCGGGCUCCAUCCGCAGGAUCAACGACAUGCUACGGCUGCAUAACCUCAGGAUCCGCGACGUUUUUCACGUGAUGGACUCCGACGGCAGCGGAAAGUUGUCGCAUCGAGAGCUGGCCCAGGGGCUAAGCCUGCUGUACGAGCACGACAGGGACAAAGUUAUCGAGCGCCGACAGGCGCUACGGCGGCGGAAGGAGCAGCAGAAGUCCAAGGAGGACGGGAAGAGGGCCAAGGUCGCGGCCUUCCUGACCAGCAUGGGCAGCCUCCAGGAGGAGUCCCUUCGGGAGCGAGAAUUCUUCGCCACCGAGGUCACCGAUGAAGAUCUUUUCCAGGAUAUUGUGCAACGCAUCAGCAACGAGACCGGCUAUGAGACCGAUGACUACGAAACCGACGAAACCGACGAAACCGACGAAACCGACGAAACCGACGACGACGACGACGACGACGAAGACUGCGAAGGAUCCUUUGACAGCCCCGGCGACAACGGUGGCGCCGACGAGUGGCGGUGGGAGGAGGGCAAAAAGGGGCCGAAGAAGCAACGGAAGAAGAAAAAGGAGAGGAAGAAGCACGAGCAGAUGAUGCGGCCCGUCAUCGCCUUCCGCGCACAAGACGUGACACUCGACCAACUCAGGCACGACGUGUCCGCUCGGAGAAAGGCGGCAGCCGCGGCGGAGGCGGCGGAGGCGGCGGCGACGGCAGCACGUGUAGCGGCAGAAAAGGCAGCAGCCGCGGAAGCGGCAGCGCGAGAACAAGAAGCGAGGGAAGAAGAGCUUCUUGGCACGCUGGAUCAGCCGGUCGCGUUUGGGGAAGAAGAAGACCAUGUCGGUGUCGUCGGUGUUGAUGUUGAUGGUGUUGUUGGCGGGGACGGUGAGGCGAAGGUGCCAUCGGUGGCGGCAGAAGGAGGGGCUGGGCCGAGGGUGUUGGCAGGACAUGUCGACGACGACGACGAGGCCGGGGGGAGCGCUGAAGGGAGCAGAACGUACCCCAGCGACGCCACAGGUUUCGAGAACUACAGCGGUGGGCCUGCGGCCCCCUCCUCAAGCAGCCUUGGUGAGGCUGAUGCCGUGGUAGGUGCUGGUGCAUCCGAGGGUAGUGAUGGCAUCGGGGAUAGCGGCGCACGGCCCACGGCCGCUUCCUCAAGGGGCGUUGGUAGCAAGGCUGAUGCCGGCGGGGCUCGUGCAAUCGAGGAUGGUGAUAGCAACGACGCCGAGGCUAUGGUCGCAGGGCCGACGGCACCCUCCUCCAGCGGAGUAGGGUGGGCCGGGGACGGGGGGGGGGAGAACAACGAGGGCAACGUUUCGGCAGCCACGCUUGGUGGGAGAGGACGUCGUGGAGAGGCAAAAGACGUACGCGCUGAACGACCCUUACCUCAGCCGUACACACACACGUAG